UUCUAGUAUUAUCUCUGCCUAACUCAGAGGUGUCAAACUUUUCUCUAAUUUUUGUUGCAAUAAAAGUAAAUUUGAUAGUAAUUUCAAAGAAAAUGCCAGCUAGCUUCUAGAGUUUAUCAACAGGUGUAGGUUUGAGACAUCCUGUGAUUAUUCUGCAUGUUUCAUUCAGUGCUAUAUUCACCUGCUUCGCGUGGACAGACUUGUGCCAAACAGGGCAGGCAUACUCAGCAAUUGGACCAUGGUCAUGAGAUCCCAGAAGUGUCAGAAUUUUGUUAGCGAACCAAUGGGUAAUAAACCCAUUACUGCAGUGGAUGGUAUUGAUGAAGAACUUGGAGCAAAGCUAGCUGCAAAGGGCUUUGACAAGGCAUACAUCCUCUUAGGCCAGUUCCUGCUCCUGAAGAAGGAAUGUGCUGCAUUUCAAAACUGGCUGAAGUCAUCCUUUGAUGCCAGUAGUAGCGAGGCGGAACAGUCCGCCUUGUGCCUCUUGGAGUGGUGCUAUGCCUUCUUAUGAGGCGUAAUCAUAUCCUUCUCCUCCCAAAAACAAGGACCCCCAGUUCCCAUUGCCAUGUCCUAAAAUAAACAGUGGCCUGCAAUGAAUUCAUAGCA